AUGCAUCCGCCCCAACAAGUCCGACUUCGAGUGCAAGUCCGACCAACCACCGUGAGCGGUGGUCUUUUAUCGAAGCGGGGCCGGGGAAUCCCGCCAUUGCGACGUGCUUGUCGGCGUUUUUCUACUUCGACCGACGCCGCUUGGGCGGAGCGAACUACGAGGCGGAAAAGAAAAAACUCCUGCAGCUGGUGGAUUUUCGGGUUGAUGAAAAGAGGAAAGAUGGGCGUGCGAUUGCUGACGGCGAGCAGGCAAAGGCGACCGGAGAUGAGAAAGAGCAAGAGGCACAACAGCAGCACGACACAUCGGCGAAGCCUGGAUCCACCUGCGGCGCCUUCUUGA